CGUUUAGUUUUGUUUGUGACCACAGACCACCACUUUCCCCUCAUACCGCAUAAUCAUCCAAUAAAAUCACGACUUAACUCCACGUAUUACUACUGCAGUACAAUACGAUCUCAUAUACGAGUACACGACUCUUCUUUCCUAUUUGACCCAAAACUGUACUAUACUAUCACUUCACGGAUGCACCAGAACCCCCAAAUACACAUUUAUUACUAAUCGCCAAACCAUAGCAUAGAAGGAACCUCUCAGAUCUCACUCCAAAGAGACGAAGAACACCGACAUGGACGGUGGACACAUGCACGGCGGCAUGGAUGGCAUGGAUGGGAUGACGCACAACUCAUCAUCAUCACCAUCAUCAACGAAUGGAACCAUGAUGAUGGGUCAUAAGAUGCACGGCAUGAUGCACAUGACAUUCUAUUGGGGAAAAGACGCGUUGAUUCUCUUCAACGAUUGGCCUGCUGGUGAUACCGGUAUGUAUGUAUUGGCCUUGAUCAUUGUUUUCGUCAUGUCGGUUCUCAUCGAGUUGCUCUCCCGAACCCGGUUGAUUAAACCCGGUUCGAACCCUGUUACUGCCGGUCUGGUUCAGACACUUUUGCAUGUUCUUAGAGUUGGUCUAGCUUAUUUGGUUAUGUUGGCUCUUAUGUCUUUCAAUGGAGGUGUGUUCUUGGUUGCUGUGCUUGGUCAUGCGCUUGGGUUUCUCUUGUCAAGCAGUGCUUUCAGAAAACAAAACCAUGAUGAGCCUUAUGAUCUUCCUCCCAUCUCUUGUUAAAUGUUUUAUUAUUUUUUUGAUUUCUGAUACUUAAUUUUAAGAAUAAUCAUAAAUUAUUUAGUGUUAAUUUGCAAUUUCUGUCUUGGGUUGCAAAUUUUGCUAAUGAAAUUAUAGUUGGGUUAAAAUUUAGAUACAUAUGAAUGUUUAAAUACCUUCGUCGGACAUAAAGGCUUUUGUGAUUUCGGUCCGAAUAUCAGGAGAGUAGUGAUUAUUUAAGCUUGUUACUAUACUAUACUUUUAGAGAAAUCAAUGGAUAUGUAACGCCUUGCAACA